AUUGGCUCUUGCGCCACCUUUCGUUGCAAUUGUUAAUUUUUGUCCAAGCCUCUGGAGUCUGGAGUCUUGCUGCUUGCAGUGCAAAAGUGUACAAAGAACUGUAAAAGUUAGUUGAUUUUUUCCUCGAUUCGCACUGCAAAGUCCUUUGAUUGAAUCGUGUGUUUACGACCAAGUUGAAAAAUUGCAAUCACCAAACUGGAUCGCAGCGAAUCUUCCAAAAUGUCGGUAGCCGAAUUUCUAAGCGGCUUGCCAUCAAUAAAUGAAAAAAAUUUUGCCAAUUUUCAUACUGAUAGUGCUAAUAGAACUACUAUCAAGCGGCCAUCUAUUUAUAUUCCAACAAAAGAUCAUCCUUCGGAUCAAGUGAUUGUGACGGAAAAAACAACAAUAGUAUUGAAAUACUUGCACCAACGAUGGGACAAAAAAAAUACCACGGAAAGAAAACGAGAUCUCACAAAUGAUUCUCCUGAAGAUCUACGAAGCAAAAGACCUCGACUGGAUAAUUAACUAUUAAUUUUAUUUUUAUAAUUUGAUUAUAAUUAUAUAAAAAUCAAUAGAUGAUAAAAGGCACAAAUGUACAAAAACCUCACUAUUUUUUUAUAGGAUCAUUUUUUGAAAAUACUUUUUGUAAUCAUAAAAUUACUCAUUAUGUGUUCCAAAAGUUUUUUCUUUGAUACUUUGUACAAUACUUAGGUUUUUUUGUGUCAUGAAUAAUCACACAGAACAUCAUUGGUACAUAUAAGUAUGGAACCUAACUGUUCUUGUUCCAAAAAAGAAUGUCUUCUAAAAUUAUAAUUCAACUACUACAGCUAAGAAAGUCUAAUUUAUGUUGAACAUUGUUUUUUUUUUAAAUGAAACUAAUCAGUUUUUUACUAUUAAAAAAAUCUUAAUGUCUUUAAGAUUGAAAUUGAAUAGUUGCAUGAUUUUGAUUCCAUUUUGUAAAUAUAGUUUGUGUCAAAAGCUUUUAUGUACUAAUGACAAUCUACUACAAAUCA